AUGUCCACCAACUACGAAACCGAACUUAAAGACUUCCCUAAUAUAUUUUCUCUUAAAGGAAAAGUAGUCGUCGUUACUGGCGGAUCCAGAGGUCUUGGUCUACACGCUGCAUCAGGAUUUCUCCAAGCAGGAGCCUCAAAAGUCUACAUCACAUCACGUAAGGCGUCUGCCUGCGAGAGCGCCGUGAAAGCCCUGAAUGCGCUGCCCAACCUCGCGCCAGGCGCAAAAGCUAUUUCCGUCCCCGCGGAUAGUGCGAAAUUCGAGGGCGUAGAGCAUCUAGUUAAGGAAGUGAGAAAGACAACGGACCACGUGGAUAUCUUGUUUGCGAAUGCGGGCGCUACGUGGGGAGAGAGUUUUGAUACGCACCCGGACAGUGCGUUUGCCAAGUACCCAUGCCGUACUUGCCCGAUUAUGAGAUGGCGGGGACCAGAGCUGAUAUCGGAGAACAGAUUUGCGCCACUGCUUCAGAAGAAUGGCACAAUUGAAGACCCAUCACGAGUCAUAAUCACAGCCUCCGUAGCAGGAAUCGGCGUCGGCAGCCUAGGGAAAAACGCGACAUUUGGAUACUCAGCCUCUAAAGCAGCAGUCAUCCAUCUCACUAAGAACCUAGCUGUAGAGCUGGGGCCUAGACAUAUCCUCGUGAAUGCUAUUGCGCCGGGAUUCUUCCCUAGUAAGAUGGCGUCUGGAUUGUUGGAGAUUAGUGGCGGUGCCGAUACGUUCGCGGCGAAGAAUCCGAGUAAGAGAUUGGGAAAGCCGGAGGAUAUUGCGGGGUUGGUGGUGUUUUUGUCGAGUAGGGCUGCUUCGCAUAUUAAUGGCGCGACGGUGACGGUUGAUGGGGGAGAAGUGUGGGCGAGAGGGGGGAUGGUUGAAGUUAAAGAGGAGGCGAAGCUUUGA